AUGAAGUUUUUAAUUUUUACCGUUUGUCUUAUAACCAUUGGCAACUGUGCUGUUCUGAAAUCAACUGAAAUCAACAGUUGGGAACAGUUUAAAACAUUCUACGGCAAAUCGUAUGCCUCAACAGAGGAAGAGUCACUUAGAAAAACCAUCUUUGAGCAAAACCUCGCUUUCAUUGCCGCUGCUAAUCAUCAAAACGUCAAUGGCGCUCAGCUGGGCGUCAACGAGUUUUCCGACCAAUCUGAUGAGGAGUUUUUUGCCCGAAAUGCUCACCUCAACUCGGAGUUUACUCUUAAUCAGAGCCGUCUGAUAGAAGAGGUUCCGCUUUUGGAGGAAGAUUCCGGGCAGUACUACGAAUCACUGCCCGCUCACUGGGACUGGCGAGAGCACUUUCGCUGGAACCCGGUGGACAACCAGCGACAGUGCGGCAGCUGCUGGGCCUUUGCCACUGUUCAGUCGGUGGAGGCGGCGUACGCCAUUCACCGAAACGUCCAUGUCCGCCUGUCAAAGCAGGAGCUGGUGGACUGUACGCUGAACUCCUACAACCGCCACUACAUCAACCGAGGCUGCCAGUCGGGCUACACCACCGAGGCGCUGAAGUACUUCAAGGAGCAUGGCGCCCUCGAGGAGCACUUCUACACCUACCGGGCUGUGGUGAGCACUGCGGGCACCUUUUANGGCUGCCAGUCGGGCUACACCACCGAGGCGCUGAAGUACUUCAAGGAGCAUGGCGCCCUCGAGGAGCACUUCUACACCUACCGGGCUGUGAACGGCCAAUGUCAGCUGCCGCACUUGGGCGGCCACAGGCGCUACCAGAUCACCGACUACCGGCGGCUGGCCGGUCGAGGUCCUGACGCUGCGCUGCAGUCGGCGGUGAAGAACUUCGGCCCGGUGGUGGUGAACAUCAACGACCACGAUGCCGUCUUCAAGCACUACCGCUCGGGGGUGAUUCGCAAUCUGAUGCCCAACAUUGCCCUCACCACGCACUCGGUGCUGCUGGUCGGCUGGGGCAGCGAACACGGCGUCGACUACUGGAUCAUCAGAAAUAGCUGGGGAGAAGGUUGGGGCAAUCACGGCCACGCCAAGAUUGAGCGUCACCACAAUCUGAUGGGCAUCAAUAAUAUUCCCGUCUUUCCGGUGUUGCAUUAA